GGACUCUGCAGCAGCUAGAUGGAUCAGGGUGAGCAUGCACCAGGAGCAUUGAUGGGAAAAAUGCACCUUUGCAUGAUCUAAAAGGCACAUGUGGACAGUGAGUGGAGGUCAGUUCUCGCCCACUCCUAAUCUUCCUCAGUGCAGACAUGAAGGCAAACACGUCCAGAGCGACGCUCCUGUGCUUGGCACUGUUAAUCCUUUCGCACGCAGGCAGAGGCCAGCGGAGAAAAAAGCAGGAAAACAAGAGCAACCUAACUACAAGGAAUGGGCAGGUACUCGUGUGUCCACUGGAGAUCGCCUUCCUCCUGGACAGUUCGGAGAGUGCCCUGAAUUUCCGCUUUGAGCAGGAGAAGGACUUUGUGCGCUCCUUCAGCCGGCGGGUCACGCAGUUGCAGGUAGCAGGCUGGCACCUGCAGACGCGGCUGGCUGCCCUGCAGUACAGCAGCACUGUGUCCGCCGUCCAGAGCUUCAGUGAUUGGCGGGACCUGGAUGGUUUCCUGAGCCGCAUCGAGGCCAUGUCCUACAUCGGCCAGGGCACAUACUCGUCCUACGCCAUCGGGAACGUCACUGAGCUCUUUGUGAAGGAGUCUAAAGAGGAGAACGUGAGGGUGGCCCUACUGAUGACAGACGGUGCUGACCACCCCCGGAGCCCUGACAUCAUCGCAGCGGCAGCCGAGGCCAAGAGCCAUGGCAUCAAACUCUUCACUAUCGGCUUGUCCGACCAGGCCCGGGGGAGCCACAACAGUGCCAAGCUGAGGGCUGUGGCCAGCGCCCCUGCACAGCAGUUCUUCCACAGCCUCAACGACCCGGAUCUGGAGGGGAGACUCCUGCAGGAAAUCAAAACAGUUGCAAAUAAUGAAUGUCCACGACUCCAAACGUGUUUGUGCGAGAAAGGAGACAGGGGACCUCCGGGAAGCCCUGGCAAAAAAGGAGAACCGGGUUACGAAGGACUGCCUGGUAUAAAAGGGGCAAGGGGAGAACCUGGAGCUCCUGGCAAACCAGGAGUGGAGGGGCUUGAGGGACGGCCUGGGUUCAAGGGUGAUAAGGGUGACAGAGGAGAAUGUGGAGCUCCGGGAGAAAAAGGAGAGAAGGGACUUGAAGGACCUCCUGGAUCACGAGGCGCCAGAGGAGAACAGGGCCUCCAAGGGCCACCAGGGGACCACGGACCAGAGGGCCAGGCAGGUCCCAAAGGUGACCGCGGACUUACUGGUGCGACUGGACCUCAAGGGGACAUAGGCGUUGGAUUCCCUGGUCCUAAGGGAGACAAGGGAAACCAGGGACGGCCAGGCCCGGUUGGUCCACUUGGAGUUGGGGAACCAGGCCUUCCUGGACCGCCAGGGCCUCCAGGACCUCUGGGAAUCCCUGGCCCCCCAGGAGAGGGGCUACUCGGGCCAAAGGGGGAUCAAGGCUAUAAUGGUUCCACAGGAGCACGAGGACCUCCAGGUUUUGGCUUCAAGGGUGAAAAGGGAAACCUAGGGCCUCCAGGGCCUCCGGGUCCAGUGGGGGCUCCUGGAAUGGGAAUUCAAGGAGAAAAGGGAAUCCAGGGACCUAUGGGCACUCCUGGUCCAAGAGGUGUCCCAGGAAUAGGAAUCAUUGGUGAGAAGGGAGUCCGUGGCUUCCCUGGAGAACGUGGACCAUCUGGAGAGAAAGGUGUCGGAGAGCCAGGGCCCAAGGGCGAUCCUGGCUUUCAAGGUGAACCGGGCGAGCCAGGUGCUCCAGGAGAAGACGGACCCAUGGGCCCAAAGGGUGACAUAGGCUUUCCUGGGCCUAGAGGACAAGAUGGACCACCUGGUAAAGGUCUUCCUGGAGAGAAGGGGGACCGAGGAGAAAAAGGAUCAAGAGGACAACCAGGACCCAUGGGACCAACCGGCCCAGCUGGAGAAAAAGGAAAACCAGGUGGCUUUGGGCCUCCUGGAAUGAUUGGUUCUCCAGGAAGGGGAAUACCAGGUGCUAAGGGGGAUCCUGGACAACCUGGACCACCAGGACCUGUUGGGGAAAGAGGAGUCGGGAUACCUGGACCCAAGGGUGACAAGGGACUGCCUGGACUUAUGGGACCACCUGGGCUGAAGGGAGAUGGCUACCCUGGACCACCUGGAUUUCCAGGUCCCCCAGGACUAAGAGGAGAGAUGGGGCUAGAGGGGAAAGGCUUACCUGGACCAAAGGGAGAUCGAGGCCUUCCAGGACCGUCUGGGCCAAUUGGACCACCAGGCAUUGGACAGUUAGGCCCAAAGGGUUCAGUUGGUCAGACUGGUCCACCUGGUCCACCAGGGCUGCAAGGAGAGGGCAUCCAAGGGCCAAAGGGAGAUCCUGGAUACCAGGGGUUACAAGGACCAAGAGGACCCCCAGGAGAGGGUAUUCCAGGGCAGAAGGGGGACCGCGGGUUCACAGGCGAGAGGGGACGGAAGGGGGACAAAGGAAGCCAGGGGGACUCUGGACAGACAGGGCCUGUGGGUAGGACAGGGCAAAAGGGAGAACCUGGUCUCACUAGAACGGAAGUUAUCGAACUCAUCAGAUCAGUUUGUGGUUGUGGGGUAACAUGCAGAGUGAGACCCCUGGAGCUGGUUUUCGUGAUUGACAGCUCGGAGAGUGUGGGUCCGGACAGCUUCAGCAUCAUCAAAGACUUUGUGAACGCCCUGAUCGACCGUGUGUCGGUCAGUCCAAAUAUGACCCACGUUGGGGUGGUGCUCUAUAGCCACGUUACCAUGGUGAUCAGCAGCCUGCACCAGCAGUCCACUCGAGAAGAGGUGAAAGCAGCAGUACGCAGAAUGGCCUACAUGGGCGAGGGGACCUACACAGGGAGCGCCAUCCAUGAGGCCAAUCAGCUGUUCCGCUCGGCCCGUCCAGGGGUCAAGAAAGUGGCAGUGGUGAUAACGGAUGGGCAGGCAGACAAGCGGGACGUGGUCAGGCUGGAGGACGCCGUGCAGGAUGCCCACUUGGAUGGCAUCGAGAUGUAUGUCAUCGGGGUGGUCAAUCAGAGCGACCCAUUCUUCAGAGAUUUCAAGAAGGAGUUGGAUUCCAUAGCCUCUGAUCCGGACGAGGAGCACGUCUAUGUGAUCAGUGACUUCACGACUCUUCCUGCUCUGGAGAAAAAGCUGCUGGUUAAACUGUGCGAGAACACUAAGACAUCGUUUAGUGGGGCAUACAACGUAAUCCCUGGAGCCUCCGGAACCUCCUAUGAUCGGGAACCUUGGCGCAGGACAGGCACCUUUAACGGAGACUAUGGCAGAACACACACAGAGGUAGGAACAGCAGAAGAGCUGGACCUGUUCCCUUACUCUCAGCCCAAACUGGAAGAAGCAGAAGGCACCAGAUCUCCAUACUUCAGUGGGGAGCCCCUGAACAGCCUGGAUGAUCUGUGGCGCUUCACCUAUGGCCCUGAUACAGAAAGACCCCAGCUGAGUCUGGUUCAGCAGACCACCCCUCAGCCACAUCUACCACUGGUUCAGGAUGAUUUUACUCAAGAGGCGGGUUGUCUGCAGCCGCUGGACCCUGGUCCGUGUCGGGAUUACGUGGUGAAGUGGUACUACGAGCCCAAGGCCAAUUCCUGUGCCCAGUUUUGGUUCGGAGGCUGCCGUGGCAACAGGAACAAGUUUGAAACACAGGAAAGCUGCCGGAAAGCCUGUGUUAUAGGUUGAGAUCAGUAAGCAGUAACGAAUGAAAAGGCGUCUGUAUUAUACGUUUUAUAGGUUUAUAAUCCAGAAAUUAUUUAAAAGUUCACGUAUGUUUGUCUAUGCUUCUACAUACUGGAACAUUUUAUGAAUAAUAUAUAAAGAGCUUAGUAGAAACAGAUGUCUUUGACCUUUACAUGAUUACAUGCAUAAAUCAGCUGUCAGUAAUAUUGAAGCAGUAAUGUUGGACUUUAGCACAGCAGACAAGCCAUUUUUGAGACAUACAUGCUGUCUUGUCACCAUGUAACAUCAACGUCCUGGUAAAGGGGAAUUCUACCAAAUUUUCAAAUUUUCUGCAUAUUUAAAGUAUCGUUGUUAAAGUUUGAUGCGCCGUUCUAGAUUCCAUUCAGAGUCAGUGGUGGUGAUUAAUGACCAGGUGCCUGAAGAGUUUAAUGCCUCUAAAAACUGUCCGACAGCAGGUUGUUAAAUGAAAUGGCCCUGAAUGACGUGGAAAUGGCGUGAUGACACGACGGUUUUGGCCCGAAAUAUUUUUUUAAAAUACACUCACGACUGAGAGAUGCAUGGAAGGCGUUUUAAGGUGGGAAAACCUUACCGUUUCAGAUUAAGCACAGUUUUACCAUCAUCAACAUGACAUAUAACAACUCAAAAGACACAAGUAGAUUUACAGAUUGUUUUGGAUAGUAAAUAAAAUGGCUAUAUUUGUGUUGUAAACAGAAUGACCCCUGAUUCCUAUCACCACCACUGUAAAGAAAGUAGUACAUCACUCUGAAUGACUCUGUUUACAUCCUGAUGGUUGAAACUUCUACUGAAAACGAUGGAAAUUCCCUUUUAAAUGCUGUGUAAAAACAGACCAGGCAGAGGCAAACUUUAAAGGGGCUUUCGAUUUAAAGGGGAAACUCUAUUCUGUCAAUUCUUGGCAUGUUAUGGUUUAGCCAUCCUCACAUUUAAUAAUGCCACAUAGAGAUCUCUUUUUAUAGCAGCAGAGAUGUUUCCACUGCUGCUGUUUGGUGCUACUUACUUCCCCUUUCCAAACCACAAGCACAUGAUUCACAUGAUUCAGUUUUAGUUCAUUCUCUGGAACUGCCUUAUGAGCAAUGUCAGAAUUCCUCCACACUGUGUCCACGAUUAUGGAUUCAUUCAUUAUAUUGUGAUUUUUAUUUAUUUCAUUUUUUUUUAAUGGAACUUUCCAUACACCUGAUACCAAAGACUUAAUAUUCAGUUAUUAAUCUUAAGACAAAUUCCUAUUUACUAAUUUGAGCUAUUCAGUAACUACUACGGAAGUACUAUGUAAGUUAUGUAGUUCUGACGGUGACAAAACUUGCACUUCACUGCACAAAGUAAGGUCAUCAUUUAUGUAGGGCUGGCCUGAACAUGCUCUGAAUACUUGCUGAUAUUUCUGAAUGAGUACCUGAAAACAUCAAAUCAUCAAAAUGACCUUUUAAAAAGAAAAAGUUUUAGAAUUAACCGCAAUUUUAAGUUUGUUUUGGCCCUCUUACUCAAAUACAGCUGUGAGGAGUCACUUCUUGUAGUGACUUCUUAGUUUUAGUUAGUUCAUCCUCCCGUGCCAGGCAGCUCUGCCUGGGAGGUAGCACUGGUGUUCCCCUCAUCCACUGCCAGAACUGACCACAACAAAUAGUCCCUGAGCUCCCCUGAGUUCCCCGGUUUUAGCCACAUCUUCAUGAGAAACUAGUGGUACUCAAAUAAGGAUUGCUGUACAUACAUAUUUGAGAUGAUCAAUUACAUUUGUCAUGCAAUACAUCGUAAAUGUUACUGUCUGAUAUUUUAAAGUGCUCCCACAUGCGGCAUAUCUGCUCUUUUAGAUUUUCUGUGUCGAAAGUGGUGCAAUCUGAGGUGAGGCGGCAGAAAAUUUAUAAUAUACUCAACUAAACCAGCUAUAAUUCACUUUGUAAUAUUUUCGAUAUAUAUAUAUAUAUAUAUAUAUAUAUAUAUAUAUAUAUUAUAUAAUAUAUAUUAAAGCUGCACUAUGGAAGAUUUGGGGAUUUGGAGACCCCUCUGGUGGAAAGGUGUAAUUGCACGCAACAUGCAGAAGAACAUUUUAUAAUGUUGAUUGUGCUUCAGACCCCUUUUCCCAAACAAAUGAGUCUGAUGAUGUGAUGAAUGAUCAACUAGUGCCAUCACAUCUAUAUCAGUAUAAAACUGCUGUCGGAAGAAAACCUCAUUUUUCAUUUUUUGUCGUAAUUAGAAAAUGCUUGUUGGCCUUUACAUUGUGUGUAAAUUUCAUAAAGAAUGGACCAAACAAAACGGCCCAAAAUGACUUGGAAAAAACUCUGGUUCCAUUGACUUGCAUUAAAAGUAAAGCAUGUUUUUUCCUUCUCCUGUAAAGUUACCCUUUUGGAGAAACAAGUUUUUCUUCUGACAACGGUGAUAAUGUUGAUUUGCAUUGAAAGGCCCAACAUCAAGGCGUUGUGUGUGAUGUUAGUUAAAAAUACAUCCCAAGGUCUGACUUAAUAGAGAAACGAAUACCAGUGGAAUGAAAGUCUUCAAGAGUUGUAAUUAUUCGGACCAGCCCUACAUUUGCGUUGCUUUAUUACUUUAUGUCUUAUUGCUGGUACAUGGGAACUACAUGCCGAGAAGUCUUAGACAUUUUCAGUUAUUAAGCAUUAAACCACUGAAGUCGCCUUCACCUCUCAGGAUAGUAAGUGGCGUCAACAAGACGAGGGAGGUCAAAUCCUUAAGUGGCAAAGGCCUCGCUGUGAAUGAGUACGAGUGGCUGCACUGACAAUCAGCGACCACCCCCAAUCCCACUUAAAGGUCCUGCACUGUGGCCUCGUCCACUUCAAAAUCACUUGUUCUUUCCAAAAAAAAAUUCUCAGCUUCUUCAACUCAGUUCUGAGCAUUUCUUCAAGAGCGUGAACAGCAAGUGAUGUCAUUAAUAUUCCUUCACUUUCCAUGGUGCUGUACUUCAUCUAGUCUAGUCUGUUCUUCAUCUAGAAAUAAGUUACGUCUCAUAUUUCGUUUUCUUUAAAUAAGCUAUUUUCCUCAAAAAAAGCUACGUGUAGUUUCUCAAAUAGACGAGUAUCUUCAUCUUAACUCUAAACUACUUGAAACUGUUAUUCAGUUGUCUGUGUUCAAUAA